AUCUAUUAAUAGUAGAAACAACCCGGGGAAAAUCUUCAGAUCGGAGAAAUUCACAUCUUUCUUCUUCCUAGUCUGAGUGCCGCAAUUCGUGGUUCAGACAAAGUCUCAUUUCCAGAGUUCAAUCUCUUUUUCGUCGGGGGUUUUAUUUCCCUAAUUGUUCAUCAUGUCCGACGAAGAAUACGAAGAAGAGGUUGAAGAGGAAGAGGCCGAGGCGGAAGCCGAACCAGUGGAUGAAGCACCAAAGACUCCAGCAGCAGCAAAGGAGGAUGAUAAGCCAGAUUUUGUGAAGAGGAAGGAACAGAAGCAUUCUGAGCUCGACGAGCAGUUGCAGGGCUACAUCAACGAGUGGAGAAAGCAGAAGCAGAGGGAAGAGGAUGAGUUGGUUGCCCUCAAGGAGCGUCAAGUCAAGCGACGCGGGCUUCGAGUCCAACAGGAGCAGGCUCUAACUCUCAAGAAGAAGAAGGAGGAGCAGGAACGCCAAAAGGUUAUCCAAGAUGCCAAGAAGAAGGAGGCCGAAGAGAAGCGUAAGAAGGUGGAAGAAGCCGAAAAACUUCGCCAACUUAUCUUGAAGGGAGAACAAGAAAAGCGACGCAGAAUGGAUGAGGAUAGAAAGAAGCGAGCUCAAGAGGAGCAGAUGAAGAGGUUAAGGGAAGCAGAGAGCCGAAAAGCCAUGGGUGGACCUAAAGGCUACGGUUCUGGAGCUGCCCCUGGCCAGGAAGGAGCUGCCGAAGCGUUGACAAAGACCAAGGAGCAGUUGGCUGAAGAGAAAGCCAUUUGCUUGUCCAUUCGUAUCAAGCCUUUGGAAAUUGACAGCUUGAGUAAAGACUCUCUCAAGAGGACAGCGGACCAGUUGUGGAACAAGCUCGUCACCCUUGAAACUGAACGCUAUGACUUGGAAGAGAGACAGCGCCGUCAAGAUUACGAUCUUAAAGAGUUGAAGGAGCGACAGAAAAUGCAGUUGAGACAAAAGGCGUUGAAAUUGGGAUUGAAUCCUGAAGCCUUAACUGGAAAAUACCCUCCAAAAAUCCGACUUGCUUCCAAAUUUGAGAGGCGAGUGGAUACCCGAUCCUACGAAGAAAGAAAAUCUCUAUUUGAAGGGGGCUAUGGUAAGAUUAUGAAUGAGACCAAUGACAAAAACUGGCAAGAACGGAUGGACGAGUUUAAGAAACGACCAAAAUCCCGACUCCCAAAAUGGUUUGGAGAGAGGCCUGGCAAAAAGAAGAACGACCCACCCACUCCAGAAGAAGAAGUUCCCGCGGAGGCUGAAGAAGAAGCCCACGUUUACGAGCCUGAGCCUGAACCUGAACCUGAAGAAGAAGCUGAGGCUGAGGAAGCGGCCGAAGAGGAGGAAGAGGAGGAAGAAGAGGAGGAGGAGGAAGAGGAAGAAGAAUAAAUUAAUCUGUAUGAUCGAUCUAGGAGGGUUAAUAAAUUAUUACGUCAUGUGUGCAUUGUACAUCUCUCUAUCCAUUACGUCUCAAUUCUAUACACUUUUGUCUGUUUAAUUCGCAGAACUAAAUUCUAAAUUUCUAUACUAAUUGACAAUCGAAACGUCCGUUUCCAAUUUUAUUCACCUCUGCAAUAAAACAUACCAUCUUUGUUCAAUUUA